AUGGAUCGUAUUACCGCACGCGCUGACAACGACUUCAAUGUUGUUUUGUAUGGCACGCUCUGGAUAGCUGCCCUUUCUUUCAUCUGGCUCACGUGCCGUGCGGAUCCAGAAGAGCCCGUCGAAUACACCGUCGAAACACCCCAGGAAGCCGAGAAGGGAUGGAAGGGCAAAGUGCUUGAUGAGCCUGGAUUGAAGGUUUCUGGCUCUUCACUAAUCCAAUGCUACGCCCCCGCAACUGGUGAAGCCCUCGGGCGCAUCAACCCCUCCACCGCAGACGGUAUCGACCGUGCAAUCGCCAAAGCCAAAGACGCCCAGGUGAAAUGGGCACAGACAAGCUUUCGCCAGCGCCGCAAGGUGCUGCGUACAAUGCUCCAGUUUAUCCUCGAAAAUCAAGAGGUCAUUGCAAGGGUUGCCUGCCUCGACUCUGGCAAGACUAUGGUGGAUGCUAGUUUGGGUGAGAUACUCGUGACUGUGGAGAAGCUGAGGUGGACAAUUAAGCACGGAGAAAAGAGCCUGAAGUCUGAGAAGAGGGACACAAACUUCCUCAUGAUGUACAAGUGGAAUGAAGUUGUCUACGAACCGCUGGGCGUAGUUGCGGCCUGCGUGAGCUGGAACUACCCUUUUCACAACCUCAUCAGCCCCGUCAUAGCCUCCAUUUUCGCCGGCAACGCCAUCAUCGUUAAAGGCUCUGAAGCUACUGCCUGGUCGUCCUCAUACUUCGCUUCUAUUGCUACCCGUGCUUUGGAAGCGUGUGGUCACUCGCCUGAUAUUGUGCAAUCCGUUGUCUGCUGGCCUGACGUCGCUGACCACCUCACCUCGCAUCCAUCAAUCUCGCAUAUUACAUUCAUUGGCUCACGCCCAGUGGCACAUCACGUCUGUGCCUCGGCCGCAAAGGCACUAACACCAGUGUGUGUCGAACUCGGAGGAAAGGACCCGGCCAUUGUUCUCGACGAUAUAUCAAAUAGCGAUUUUAAGCGCAUCGCUAGCAUUCUCAUGCGCGGUACCUUUCAGUCUGCAGGCCAGAACUGCAUCGGAAUCGAGCGUGUCAUUGCACUUCCAAAAGUUUACAAUCGCCUCAUCGAGUACCUCACGCCAAAGAUCCGUGCCCUACGUCCGGGGUCCAUAUUGAACACUUCAUCGGACGUGCCGAUUGAUAUUGGGGCUUCCAUCUCCGAUGCAGGCUACUCCAAGCUUGAAGGCCUUAUUCAAGACGCUGUCAGCAAUGGUGCUCGUGUCCUGGCAGGCGGAAAGCGUUACGCUCACCCCGACUUCCCCAAAGGUCAUUACUUCAGUCCUACCUUCAUCGUCGACGUCACACCCAACAUGAAAAUCGCCCAGACGGAGCUCUUUGCACCAGUCUUCCUACUCAUGCGCGCCAAAUCCGUCACAGACGCCAUUUCCAUUGCAAACAGCACCUCAUACGCCCUCGGUUCCUCGGUAUUUGGCUCUUCCAAUCGCGACCUCGAGCUCAUCGUGCGCUCCUUGCACGCCGGCAUGGUCGCCGUUAACGACUUUGCCGUCUACUACAUGGUGCAGAUGCCGUUUGGCGGCACAAAGGGUAGUGGCUAUGGUCGUUUCGCAGGAAAAGAAGGGCUGAGGAGUCUGUGCAAUCAGAAGAGUAUUACGAGGGAUCGCUGGGCGUGGGCGGGGAUCAAGACGGGCAUUCCAUCUCCGAUGGACAUUCCACUGCAGGGUGAGGGUGCGGGGGUCAAGGCGUGGAAUAUGGCACAGGGAAUUGUGUGGUUGGGGUAUGGAAACUUGAGGGGUAAGGUUAGAGGGUUGAAGGGGGUUCUGGGGAUGUAG